AGUUUACCAGUAUCUGUAGUUCAAGUACGACGCAAUGUGGCGGAGAUUUGGAAUCUUUACAGGCGUUUGUGUUUUAUCCGAAAUAGUUUUUCAGUUUUAUAAGUAUCGCUAUAACAGAAGUAUUACCAAAGAAAAAGAAAAGAGCACAGAAGUUUUGUUCUUUCCUGAUAAAAAAGUUGCUUGCAUCAAACAUUUUACCAGCGAAUGUGAAAGUGAAAAUUGCUCCUACAGUCACGAAGAAAACUCGCUAAGCAAACUUUUCCAGUAUUUGAACAAAGCAGUACAUAGUGUAGACGUUUGUGUGUUUGUUUUGACAUGUACUGACCUGGCUGACUUGCUGAUUCAAGCUGCAGAGAGGGGAGUUCGUGUGAGAGUCAUCACGGACAGUGAGCAGGUAGACAUCCCGGGCUCGCAGAUCUGGAAACUCCGCAGCCGAGGAGUAGCAGUCAGGACUGAUGACUCCUCGUUUUUCAUGCAUCACAAGUUCGUGGUCAUAGAUAACAAGAAGCUUCUGAAUGGCUCCUUUAACUGGACACGACAAGCAAUAACAGGAAACCAGGAGAAUCUGCUGGUGACCUCUGACCCAAGGCUGGUACAUCUAUAUAAGGAACAGUUUUCUCUACUCUGGGGCAAAUAUAAAGCAAAGAAAGACCAGUGAAAUAAGUCAGGAGCAAACUGAACACAAUAUUGGUAACUUAACAAAAGGAAUGGUAUCCGACAGAUACAUUGGUUAUCUGGACUGUUCCGGAAUGAUAUCCGACAGUUACAUCGGUUAUCUGGACUGUUCCGAUAUAUGCUGAGAAAUUUUAGUAUUCUUUGUUGAGUGACUGCAGUGCUUUUAACCUGCCUUUAGAAUGCUUUGACCAUUACAUGUACUUUGGCUUAAAGGAGUUGAGUACAUUUUGUAACUGGGGGUUAUUGUAACCAUGUAGUCUUACUAUGGCAUCACAUUGACCUCUGGUAACAUAAUGGAUUAAUUAGCCUCCCCCCUCUCUAGGCCUUGUGCUUUAGCUUUUGUGAUUCAGACUGGAUUUAUUUUAGAAUGCACAUUGAAGGCAAGAAAGAGGUGAGGUGGUAAUUAAAGGUUAUCAAAGGACACUCAAAACUUUUUUUCAACACUUUUUAUUCUUUUCAAAUGUGUUUUAUUAUGAUGACAUCAAAUUCUGUUAGCAAUAGUUAAUCAUUUUUAAAGUUAUGCUGUUGGAGAUUUUGUUUUGAAGAAAAUCAUUCACCGAGGGCCACUGCUGCAACAUGAAUGUAUGCUGCUGAACAACCGAUUCGUGAAAAAGAAACAGGUCAUCAAUGUAAUAUACUGUCCAAGCAAAAAGCAAAUGAUGUUUUAGUUUGAAAAGUAAAUGUUAGUCUUGUUUGGAAACAGUAGUCCAUCUACUCUAGGACCAAAGUGCCUUACAAUAAGUAAUGGUGACAAGGCUAUGGAAAAUCAAAUUGUUAAUUUUUAUAUUUUGAGUUUUUACUGCUUGAAUAAAUAUUGUUGCUCUCAA